ACAAACCGUCCUGCUCUUUUCCUUUUCUUCCACGGGACCACGGCCCACCCAUCCACUUCUCAUGUUUUCCUUUAAUCCUAUAAACACCCCAACCUCGCUUCCCUUCUCCCCACACCUUCCUUCCCUUCCCUUUUCAAAUUACUUCAAAAAAAAAGAGAGGAAUUUGAGCAUUAACCAUGGCUUCAACCCUCCAUUCUCCUACCUCAUUUCCAUCUGCUUUCGACUCCAGCAAGCCCCGCAAGGUUGCUGAUGCCGUUCUCCCACCAAUCUCUGUCUCCUUUGGAUCGACCAGAGCGAGUAGACGGGUUCGAGCUAAGGCGAUAUCCGCUGAGGCGGAGGCUCCGGUGGAUCCGAGGAAGGCUGAGAGGCUUCAUAGCCACAGCGGACCGGGUUCUGGCGCCUGUGGUCCGAGUUUCAACGGGCGGGUUCCGGUUUAUGUGAUGCUGCCGUUGGAUACGGUGGGGAUGUGUGGUGGGCUAACGAGAGGGAGGGCUUUGGCAGCGAGUAUGAUGGCGUUGAAGAGCGCCGGGGUGGAGGGGGUGAUGGUGGAUGUGUGGUGGGGACUGGUGGAGAGGGCCGGGCCGGGGAGGUAUGAUUGGGAGGCAUAUGUGGAGCUGGUGAAGAUGGCGGAGAGACAUGGGCUUAAGUUGCAGAUGGUCAUGUCUUUCCAUCAGUGCGGUGGGAAUGUUGGAGACUCCUGCAACAUCCCCUUACCUCCCUGGGUUAUGGAAGAAAUGAACCAAAAUCCAGACAUCAUGUACACUGACCGGUCAGGCCGCAGGAACCCAGAGUACAUAUCCCUUGGCUGCGAUACAACCCCUGUGCUCCGAGGCAGGUCACCAAUCCAAGUCUACUCCGACUACAUGCGGAGUUUCCGAGAUAAGUUCAAGGAUUACCUCGGCAUUGUCAUUAAUGAAAUUCAAGUUGGGAUGGGCCCUUGCGGCGAGCUCCGAUACCCUUCUUACCCUGAGAGAAACAGCACCUGGAGGUUUCCUGGCAUCGGAGAAUUCCAGUGUUAUGACAAGUACAUGAUGGCUUCUCUGAAGGCCGCCGCCAUAGCCGCCGGUCAUGAAGAAUGGGGGAGAAGUGGCCCUCAUGACACCGGUGACUACUACAAGUUCCCCGAGGAGACGGGUUUCUUCCGACGAGAAGGAUCAUGGAAUACGGAAUACGGAGAGUUCUUCCUCGAAUGGUAUUCCGGCAAGCUUCUAGAGCAUGGCGAUCGCGUCCUCGCCGCCGCAGAGGAGAUAUUCCGAGCCUCCGGUGUGAAGUUAUCGGCGAAAAUUGCAGGCAUUCACUGGCAUUUUAAGACUCGCUCCCACGCAGCGGAGCUUACUGCCGGCUACUACAACACAUGGCAUCGCAACGGCUAUCUGCCUAUUGCGAGGAUGCUGACGAAGAGAGGUGUGGUGUUGAACUUUACAUGUAUGGAGAUGAGAGAUGAAGGGCUGCCGGAGCACGCGAACUGCUCUCCGGAGUUGCUGGUUAGGCAGGUGAAGGAGGCGGCUUUCGCUGCAUCGGCGGAGCUUGCCGGGGAGAAUGCUCUGGAGAGGUAUGAUGAGGCGGCUUACUCUCAGGUGUUGGAAACUAGCAGGGCUGACGAGGGAAUUGAAUUGAGCGCCUUCACGUACUUGAGGAUGAACAAGAACCUUUUUGAAGGGGAGAACUGGCGCCAUUUUGUAGCAUUUGUGAAAGGUAUGAGAGAAGGUGGACGGAGGGCUUCACUUCAAAGAAGCGAUUUUGGGCAGUCUGAUCUUUAUGUUGGAUCAGUAAUUGGUUAUAGGGCGGAAAUGGAUAAAUUUGUAGGAGCAUUGUAAAUGUAUUGAGACUUUUACAUACAUAGCAAUCAAAAUUUCAUAUUUAACUAUCUCACAUCUAAAUUUUCAUAAUUACAAACAUGAUAUGAAGAGUAGCACUCAUUAUCAUUUUUUAAUAGUCAAACUUAUCUUUUUAUUCAUAGGUAAAGUGCUAUGUGUAUAAAAAUGAAAGUUUAUGUGAGAUGGGUAAAUUUAUAAAAAUUGG